UGACGUCAUCCGCGUGACUGGAGUUGUAGUCCGUGUCCGUGAUUGUUAUUGACAGUCGGCGUGUGGAAGCUGUGAGCCUCCUAACAUGAAAAAGGUGUUAGCUGCGGUUGGGGUUACAGCUGGUGCAGCCUCUGCAGUGUUGCUGGCCCCUGCUGCUCUCUCAGCAGCUGGUUUCACCUCCGCAGGAAUCGCUGCAAGUUCCGCAGCCGCCAGCAUGAUGUCCUCAGCCGCCAUAGCCAACGGGGGCGGAGUCGCUGCCGGCAGUUUGGUGGCUGUUCUUCAGUCAGCAGGGGCUGCAGGCUUAUCGGCAAGCAUGACAGCGGCUGUAGGAUCUGUAGGUGGGGUGGUAGGUGGAGCAGCUGGUUGGUUUCUUGGACGUGGCAAAAAGCCCCUAAAACCUCCCUCCAUUCCGCGCUUCUUAUCUCCCAAAAACUGAUCCCACCAGACUGAAUCUUCAUCCAGCAGAGAUGAGGAUGAAGACAAAGUACCUUUAAACUCCUUCCAGCCAGCUGCGGAGAUGAUUUGCAGUAUCUUAGCAAUGAAACUUCUCAUAUUUUUGCUUGACACAACACAUUUAGACGUUGCAUGACGCAGUAAACUCUGACACCUUAAGAUGUGCCUCGUGUCAUCAUGUGGAACAGGUCAUUUCUCUGAAAUAUAUAAAUAGAGAUAUCCCGGUCAGCGUUCAGCCAUUGAGUCAAAGCUGAUAUCAUAUACAUGACCAUAAUUUAGAAGUUCCACCUAUUCUUACAGUUUCUUCAUAAGUGAUUUGCCGUGAAAUGAUCCGUCCUAGAGAAAGAAAUCUUUACAGUAAUGAUUAAUAAAAUAACGGAAAAUGUGGGCACUGUAUUACCUCCCAACUCUCCUCCCCUUACGCAUACAUUUUAGGCCAAAAGCUUAUAUAAAUCUGUCAUAAACCA